AAAUACCCCAUGCAUCUCGAAUUCUCGAUAAACAGCAGACUCCCAAUAAAAUCCUCCGUUAGGUUAUUAUAAGCAGAGAAGAAAAUAAUGAAAAAUGAUAAACAGUACUCGUGGUGAUUCAUCAUCUAAUUUGAUUAUAUAAAACAUUCAACAAAUUUUCAAUCCUCGCAAAACUCACACAGAGCCGCCCCUAAUUGCCAUCAGCUCAGGCGUGAAUUCACUGGACGUCCUGGAAAUCUCCUUCUUUCACGCUUCCCGAGGCGCAACAGCUCAUGCUCUCGCAUUUUGAUUAAUUUCAGGUAUCUCUUCGGCCUAAACUUUUGCAAUGUAUGCAAGGAAAUUAAACUCUAAAUAUAAAAAAUGGGGCCUGAUCUCUCAACAGUACAAGCAUGUAGCUGGUUCAGAUCGUAGUUUUGGAACUUGCUGCAAGCAUACAGCCAUAUUAUCAAAUUGCUCAUCCCGAAGUGUUUCAACGAGAAGAUAUAUAUCAAGUUCAUCUUUAUUUAGAAAUGUUAUAUGUGGUAAUACAAAAUUGCGUGUUGGAUCUAAUGCCAAUUGGAGCAGUAGUUGGCUACGGUAUUAUAGCUCAGAAGGUGAUGGAAGAAAUGCAAAUGAGGAUAAGUGUGUGCCAUUGAAGGAUGUAUCCGACACUGGUAGUGAUAAAAUAAAAACCGAAAAGCUCGAUGGAGAUAUCAGUCUUUCUGAUGGGCAUGCUAGACUUGGCGAGCAAGAUCAAAAGGACUGGCUCCAUAAUGAGAAGAUAACUAUUGAGAAUAAGAGAAAGGAAUACCCUUUUUUGAGCAGAAGAGAGAAAUUUAAAAAGGAGUUCUCAAGGAGAAUCGUUCCUUGGGAUAAGAUAACAGUGUCAUGGAAAACGUUUCCUUAUUUCCUUCAUGAACACACAAAAAAACUUUUAGUAGAAUGUACUGCUUCCCACUUGAAGCACAAGGACUGUGCUGCAGCUUAUGGUUCCGGUUUAACUUCAUCUAGUGGUAGAAUUUUACUGCAGAGCAUUCCAGGGACUGAGCUGUAUCGCGAAAGAGUAGUUAGAGCCCUUGCACAAGAUUUACAAGUCCCACUGCUAGUACUUGACAGCAGUGUUCUCGCACCUUAUGAUUUUGGUGAGGAAUGUUUAUCUGAAAGCGAAUCAGAUGAGGAUAAUGCAGAAUCAGGCGCGGAAACUACUUCAGACACAGAGAUUGAAGAUGAGAAUGAUGCAAGCAAUGAGGAAGAUUGGACAAGCAGUGGGGAGGCAAAGUCAGACGGUGAUGCUGAGGGAUUUGAUGCUCGGGCAGCUGCCGUUGAGGCAGCAUUGAACAAGCUUGUUCCUGGUCACCUUGAAGACUUUGAAAAGAAUGUCAUGGGAACAUCUGAAAGUUCACCUGAAUCACCGGAGAAAGAGGCCAGCAAGCCAUCUGAUGAACCCAAGAGGCAGUUGAAGAAAGGGGAUCGAGUUAAAUAUGUUGGGCCUUCUCGCACUGAAGCUGAUAACAGGCCAUUGUCUACCGGACAGCGUGGUGUGGUGUGUGAAAUGAAUGGAAAUGUUGCUCUAGUGUUGUUGGAGAACAGUGAGAAGGAAACAGGAGAUGCAAGCAGUGACAAAAUCUCUGCAAACCAUGCAUUACAUUGGAUUCAAGCUAAAGACAUCACUUAUGAUCUUGAUGCUGAAGCAGAAGACUGCUACGUGGCGAUGGAGGCCCUCUCUGAGGUCUUGCAUUCUGUGCAACCUCUUAUUGUCUAUUUUCCAGACUUCUCAAUAUGGUUGUCUAGGGCCGUUACAAAGGCAAACAGGAAAGCAUUUGCUCAAAAGGUGCAGGAAAUAUUUGACCAGGUAUCAGGACCUGUGGUUUUGAUUUGUGGACAGAACAAAGGUGAAACAGGGUCAAAGGAGAAAGAAAAAUAUGUAAGUUCGACAAUGAUACUUCCGAAUUUGGGCCGUCUUGCCAAACUGCCACUUUCUCUGAAGCGACUCACGGAGGGACUAAAACCAGCAAAGAAAUCUGAAGAUGAUGAAAUAUAUAAGCUAUUUACUAACGUUAUGGUAGUACAUCCUCCCAAGGAGGAAGAUCCCCUUAGAACGUUUAAUAAGCAAAUUGAGGAAGACAGGAGAAUUGUGAUAUCGAGGAGCAAUAUAACGGAGCUACAUAAGGUUCUCGAGGAAAAUGGGCUGCUGUGUGUGGACCUUUUGCAUGUAAACGCUGAUGGCGUAAUACUGACAAAGAGCAAAGCUGAAAAAGUUGUUGGAUGGGCUAAGAAUCAUUACUUGUCAUCCUGUCUUCUUCCAUUGAUAAAAGGGGAAAAAUUGUAUUUACCUAAAGAGAGCCUUGAAAUUGCACUAUCGAGGUUGAAGGAACAGGAGUUGAUAUCCAAGAAGCCUUCACACACUCUAAAGAAUCUUGCUAAGGAUGAGUAUGAGUCCAACUUUGUUUCAGCAGUUGUUCCUCCUGAUGAAGUUGGUGUGAAGUUUGAUGAUAUUGGUGCGCUUGAAGAUGUGAAGACAGCCUUAAAUGAACUUGUCAUUCUUCCGAUGAGAAGACCUGAGCUUUUUUCUCGAGGAAAUUUGUUGCGGCCUUGCAAAGGGAUAUUGCUUUUUGGGCCUCCGGGAACUGGAAAGACCCUCCUUGCGAAGGCACUUGCAACAGAAGCUGGAGCAAAUUUUAUCAGCAUAACUGGUUCCACACUAACAUCGAAGUGGUUUGGGGAUGCAGAAAAGUUAACAAAGGCCCUUUUCUCCUUUGCCGGCAAGUUAGCCCCUGUAAUUAUAUUUGUUGACGAGGUUGACAGCUUGCUUGGUGCUCGUGGUGGUUCUUUUGAGCAUGAGGCCACUAGAAGAAUGCGCAAUGAAUUUAUGGCAGCAUGGGAUGGUUUGAGAACCAAAGACAGUCAAAGAAUACUCAUCCUUGGUGCUACGAAUCGACCAUUCGACCUUGAUGAUGCUGUCAUUCGUCGCCUACCUAGAAGGAUCUAUGUGGAUUUGCCAGAUGCUGAAAAUCGUCUGAAGAUACUUAAAAUAUUUCUUGAUCAAGAGGAUCUAGAGCCUGAAUUCCAGAUGCAACAACUUGCAAAUGCAACUGAAGGGUACUCUGGGAGUGAUCUGAAGAAUCUCUGUAGAGCUGCAGCUUAUAGACCAGUACAGGAGCUUUUAGAGAAAGAACGGAAGGGAGUUAAAGAUGACGUGGCUUCUAUAUUGAGACCUCUAAAUUUGGAUGAUUUCAUUCAAUCCAAAGCCAAGGUGGGGCCUUCAGUUGCGUUUGAUGCAGCAAGCAUGAAUGAGUUAAGAAAAUGGAACGAACAAUAUGGUGAAGGCGGAAGCAGAAGAAAAUCACCCUUCGGUUUUGGCAACUAGUUGUAGCAGAUACUGACAUAAACAAUAGUUGAGCAGAGUAGUUGACAGCUUGACCUCAAAGAGAUCGUCCUAAUAUCGCGGAGCAAGCCCGCCUUCCAGUUUUGAUACAAAUGAUAGAGACAAGGAAACACUGGCAGGUGCUUAUUAUCAUAAAAUGUUGUUGUCAGCAGCUAGUCAUGCAAAUGUAAAUGAACUAUGACAUCAUUAUCUACAGUUUAGGUAAUCAUGAUCACUGUACCAUUGAUUUUGUCACGAGGUGCAUCAUCAUGUAUAAAUUAGCUUUCAGCAAAAAAAUUCUCUCCAGAAAAAAGAUAAAGAAAUGAGGCUUCCUAUUUUUGUUAGAUUCUUGUAUGUUAUGUUUGUUACUCAGUAUGUGGCAACUGGUUACUUGAGGGCUUUAUAAAGUUUUGUUACCAUUGGUAUC